GAAUGACAUUUGAGUAGGCUUUGUUACACACUUCGACCUAGGAACACUCUGAGUCAGUGAGUAGAACAACACAGGGAUCUCCCUAGGAAGCUAGAGAUAAAUCAAAAACAAACGCGAUGUACGAUUGCUGUCCCGUGUGCCUGGGCAGGCUGCGUCGGCAGGUGAAGACCCCGUGCGAGCACACAUUCUGUAAGAACUGUCUUUGCAAGGUAUACAGGCAGAGUCCAAGCAAGGCGUGUCCUCUCUGCCGGGCGCCCUUGGAGUACUACAUCAGCAAGCGGAACAAUACAAUAAAACUAGUAUUCUUUUCGUAAGGACUGUCACCAAAUUCCUAAGUGAUCCACAGAAGUUCUUUUUUUUGUGUUAUCUGUUUUAAAUUUGCUCGAGUUGGGUUUAAUUUUAUUUGUUAUUAAUCUGUUAAUCUAUUCAUGAUAAGAAACUCAAAUAUACACACAUAGUGCUAAAAUAGCUUGACUUAAGCCUUCAGGGUCUUAUGCAGCCAAGUACAACAAUCGAUUGGAGACCCGGCCUCGUCGUCUUCCUU